CACUUGUGGCCUCCUCAUGAUACGCCACCCAGCAUCACAAGUUUCCAGACAUCCAGGGAUAUUUGCAUUUGAUAAGGGACAGCAAGUUUAUCACUUCAUCCGGGCGUCGUCAUUUUCCGCGUUGCGGGUCUCUUCGUGGGACGGAAUACCAAGAAGGAGAACUACAAAAAACGCGGUGCAGCUGCAACCACUGCCGACCAGGAAGCAGCAACGGCCCCUAAUCCCAGUACCACCGAAACCGAAGAUGCGGCAGCGGGUGAAGCACCUGCUUCCGCCAAGCCUGAGCCGCAUGAAACUACUGCAGUUUUUGACCAAAGUGUUGAACAAGCCCCAACUACUUCAACGGUGA